CCUUAGGCUUAAAAUUGGAAGCACAAAGAACAGCCAGGGAGGGAAUGUUUUUGCCACUAUCACUGCCUCUUUUACAGUCUUUACAGUUGUACCAGGGAACGGCUGUUUACACAGCGAGAGCCAAUCAUGAUGUAGAUCUGUGACUCCAUGGCUCCGCCUCCUGCCUGUUGCAAUCCACAGCAGAGAAACUAUAAAGCUGGCUGGCAAGUCAAGAGGGAGAAGGAGAAACGGUUGAAAGUUGCCAGUGUAUCAUCAUCAUCAUCAUCAUCAUUCUGCAACAUGGCGUCCACAGCUGCUUUAAUACCUACCGAGCUGUUCGCAGAAGGGAAGGGAAUAUGGAGGAAAAACUGGAGGAACAGAAUCAGGUUCCUUCUGAGGAACAACUCUUCCCCCUCAGUGCUGCAUGUGAUGAAGAACAGAUCCUGCAGGCCAAGUGCUGAUGACGUAAAGCAAUGGGCGGAAUCACUUGACAAACUCCUCACACAUAAAUAUGGAAAAGCAGCUUUCUUCAUUUUCCUGAAGUCUGAGUUCUGCGAGGAGAACAUUGAGUUUUGGACAGCCUGCGAAGACUUCAGGACACUCUCAUCCCACACAGACAUGGUGUCCAAGGCCAACAGAAUUUACGAGGAGUUCAUCAAAAACGAAGCGCCCAAAGAGAUAAACCUGGACUACCACACUAAGAAUGCCAUCUCUCAGAGCCUCCACCAGCCAACACCCACCUGCUUCUUGGCAGCACAGAUGAAGGUCUACAGUCUGAUGGAGAACAACUCCUAUACUCGCUUCAUCAACUCAGACUUUUACCAAAAACUGUGUGCGGCAGCCAGCGGGCAGGUCGACCACAGAAAGUUGUAGUAGCAGUAAAAACAACAACAACAACAACAAAAAAACUCCUGAAGUCACUUGUUUACCUUUUAGACAGACAGGUGUUUAUUCCAGACACUGCUUCAGGAUAACAGACCUGAAUGUAAACCCUGAGAAUUAUCAUGACUGGCCAGUGAGGACGGCACUAUUUGGGAGCGAGUUUUCGGUCCAUCUUCCUGUGAGCGCUUAACUACAAACAUGAAACUGGAUGCUGGACUAGGCUGCAGGCAGAGUCAGCAGCAUUUCAAUCAGAUGGGAUUAAAGUAACAUAUUUAUCAUUUGGGUUCCCUAACGGCACUUUGGAGUUCUGCAAUUUCAGCAUUGUAUCCAUUCAACAAAAAAACGAUGCUGCAGAGGCGCCAGUAUUUAUUAUUUAAUAAUAGAUGACGAAACAAGAAGCAGCUUUAAGUCUUCAGUGUCCGAAAGGAAACCCGUGUUCUCUAAAUUCGAGAAGUUGUAAAGCUUCCUGUGUGGUCCUGAGUUUUGUUGCCAGAUCUGUUGACUGUUGUAGCAUAAAUAAAAGCACUUUUUUCCUCUCUUUUUUUCCACUAAGACAAGUACUAGUUUGUGAGGUGACAGAGGAGAGCAGAGUUUGUAUCACUUUUGUCACAAUGUUAUUUAUUGUAAAUACUGCAAUAUUACGUGUGAGAUGUGCUUGAAUUGUUAUAAAAGUGAAUUGAUGUUUGGAGCAGCUGGACUGCUUGACAAAUAAAGUGGAUUUUUUGCUGAAA